AUGAAGAUCUGCAUUUUCUUUACACUCCUGGGAAGUGUUGCUGCUCUCCCUACUGAGGAUAAUGAUGAUAGAAUUGUUGGGGGCUACACUUGUCAGGAGCAUUCUGUCCCCUACCAGGUGUCACUGAAUACUGGAUCUCACAUAUGUGGGGGAUCUCUUAUCACUGACCAAUGGGUACUGUCUGCUGCUCAUUGCUAUCAUCCCAAACUACAGGUGCGUCUUGGAGAACAUAACAUUCAUGAAAUUGAAGGUACUGAGCAGUUCAUUGAUGCAGCCAAGAUGAUACCCCAUCCUGAUUAUUCUAUAUGGACUGCUGAUAAUGACAUCAUGCUGAUUAAGUUGAAGUCACCAGCUACCCUCAACUCUAAAGUAUCUACGGUCCCUCUGUCACAGUCCUGUCCAUCAGCUGGUACUGAGUGCGUUGUGUCUGGCUGGGGCGCUCUGAAAUUUGGCUUCGAGGGUCCUUCUGUUCUCCAGUGUCUGGAUGCUCCAGUCCUGUCUGACUCUGUUUGUCACAAGGCCUACCCACGUCAGAUCACUAACAACAUGUUCUGUCUAGGCUUCCUGGAAGGUGGAAAGGACUCCUGCCAGUAUGACUCUGGUGGCCCUGUGGUCUGCAAUGGAAAAGUCCAGGGUAUUGUUUCCUGGGGUGACGGCUGUGCUUUUGAAGGGAAGCCUGGUGUCUACACCAAAGUCUGCAACUACCUGAACUGGAUUAAUCAGACCAUUGCUGAAAACUAA